GUGAUGGAGCGAGUCAUGGAAACUCAUUUUGAUUUCGAUCUCACCUAUGUCACUGAGAGGAUCAUCUCCGUUCACUUCCUGUCUCACCUGGAGGAGGAGCGUUACCGCGAAAACCUGAAGGAAGUAGCUAGCAUGCUAAAGUCCAGACACCAGGACAAAUAUCUGCUCCUGAAUCUAUCUGAGAAACGCAGUAACAUCAGUCAACUCAACCCCAGGGUGGAGGAUUUUGAUUGGCCGGACCUCCAUGCCCCACCCCUGGAUAAAAUCUGUGCCAUAUGCGAAGCCAUGGAGCGGUGGCUGACCUCUGACCCCCAGCAUGUGAUCGUUCUGCACUGCAAGGGUGACAAAGGGAAGACAGGGGUGAUUAUAGCAUCUUACAUGCACUACAGCAAGAUCUCAGCAAGAGCAGAUCAGGCUCUCUCCACUGUGGCAAUGAGGAAGUUCUGUGAGGAUAAAAUCUCCUACCAACCCUCACAGACCAGGUAUGUAAAUUGUUUUGCUGGGUUGCUGUCUGGUGGAAUAAAGAUGAACAGCACUCCUGUGUUUCUGCAUCAGGUCCUAGUCCCCACCAACACACAGUGGCAACCAGGUUUCUCGCCAUUCCUAAAGAUAUACCAGUCUCUACACCUGGUUUACACUUCAGGGGUUUAUGAGGUACAGGGUUCCGGCAGUGGGACUUUGAGUGUGACUGUAGAACCGGCCCUACUGCUGAAGGGAGACAUCAUGGUGAAAUGUUACCAUCGUCUUUCCCCUGGUCGUGAGAGAGAGUGUGUGUUCCGAGUCCAGUUCCACACUUGUGCUGUCCAAGGAACCCGUCUGUGUUUCAGCAGGGAAGACCUGGACUUCUGCUGUACAGAUGAGUACUUCCCCUCUGGCGGCGUAGUGGAGUGUGUGUUUUCUCAGAGCCCUGACAGAGCCCCAGAUGAAAAGAUUGACCACAGUGGUCCAGAGAUUAAUGUGGACUAUAAAACAGAUCCUGUUGUCCGCUGGGACUCAUAUGAGGACUUCCACCUACACCAUCAAGACAGUAUUGAGGGUGUCUGUCACACCCGUGGCCCUCUGGAUGGCAGUCUCUAUGCACAGGUGAGGAAGAGGAGGGGGUGGCGUACUCACACGGCCAACAGCUGUUCAUCAGCCACCAAACCACUGAGCACACCCACUGCCACACCCACUGCCACGCCCACUACCUCGCCUCCAUCUCUCAGCUCUAUCGCUGGCCUUUCCCGUGUUGCCUCUGUCUCUGUGUCUGUGGCACCACAGACACAGGACUGUUCCCACCUCCGGGAGAAUCUAGCCUUACGAGCCAGCCAAUCCGAAGGCUUGUCGUGGGCCAGAGGGGUGGGGUAUGGCCUGAGAGGGGUGGGGCCUAUGACCUAUAAGAGCGAGCAUGGGGUAGAAUCUCCAUGGGAGGCAGAGUUUUGGCACCAGCGAGCAGGUAUGUCUCAUCAGAGAUAUUGUGGCUCUCCAUCUAGCCCUGCCCACAGCCACGCCCAAAGCAGUGGAGACCACACCCCUCAGCUCAGCUGCCCCUACACUCCCACUGCUGUUCUAAUGGGAAACAGGCCUCUGAAGACAGACUCUGAAGCCUGUUGUUAUCAGGAUCCUCAGAAGAAAUCUCUUAUUGGGACUAGUACUCCUCAGACUACAAAGAGCAUCCAGUCACCGGUUCAUGUGGGGAACUGCAGUGCAGAGCUAUGCUACCAGCCCCUGUCUGGUCACCAGCCCCUGUCUGGUCAACAGCCCCUGUCUGGUCAUCAGCCCCUGUCUGGUCAUCAGCCAUCACAUAUCAGGCACGAUACACAACCAUGGCAACCUGGACAAGAGGCUGAACCUGUCACCAUAACAACAGGGUCUGGUGACUCUAGCCCAAGACCAGAUCCGUCAGUCAUCUCCCCUGAGGUGGACUCAGAGCAGACAGAGAGUUCUGUCCACCACUACAACCACUGUCAGGAGACAGCCCGGAGCAGAGGAGCUUCCCCAAGCCCAUGUUCCACCUCUAACUCAGCAUCAUCAACUCCUCUGCCUCUGAUUUGCCCUUCAGAAAGAGACUCCUCCUCCGAGUUUCAGGCAUUGGCUGUGGCAGCGGAGGGGCACAGACUGACCCCUGUGACUGAUGGGGAAUUGUCCAAUGAGGAGGGCUGUGCCACACCCUUGUUCCCCCUGGCAUCUGCGCGCUACCCCCACCUCGCUGUGCCCCAUGUUCCAUACACAGGCUACACAGCUGUCACUAUACCUCCACCGGUCCCUCCGCUGACACCACCCAAAAGACACAGAAACCCUGCCCACGCAGCAGACGGCCCUGCUGCCACAUCAUCUCACUCUAAUCGCUCUCCCACACCGUGUGACCCCGCCCCCACAGCCUUAAGCUCCACCCUCAGCACAUCUCCAAACAGAAGCCCUUCUCCUGCAUCAUGGACUGACCCACACAUCUUCCACAGUUCCAUCUCAGCUCAGGAUGUGACAGUGCCCCCUGCUGAGCGGGAGGACUCAGAGAGCCACAGCUCUGCAUUUCUACAGGACAGCUCAAGAUACUGGUACAAACCGGGCAUAUCCAGAGACCAGGCAAUUGCAGUAUUGAAAGAUAAAGGACCUGGAAGUUUUUUGAUCCGUGACAGUAACUCUUUCCAAGGAGCAUAUGGACUGGCUCUCAAAGUAGCCACACCCCCUCCUCAUGCCGGUCACCAUGGCAAUGGGAGUGACCCACAGGAACAACUGGUCAGACACUUCCUGAUUGAGAGAGGACCAAGAGGAGUGAAACUGAAGGGGUGUCAAAACGAGCCUUAUUUCGGUAGUUUAUCAGCACUAGUGUGGCAUCACUCUAUCACACCUGUCUCUCUGCCUUGUGUCCUGCGCAUCCCACACAAAGAUCUUAUUGAGGAGAGUGGUACCAGCACCAGGACAGCUGCAGAGCUACUGAAACAAGGAGCAGCAUGCAAUGUUCUGUAUCUGAACUCUGUGGAGACGGAGUCUCUGACAGGCCCACAGGCUGUUGCCAAAGCAACCAGAUGCACUCUCACCCGGGAACCACGCCCCUCAGGAACAGUUGUCCAUUUUAAAGUGUCAUCCCAGGGUAUCACUCUUACAGACAGACAGCGCAGGCUUUUUUUCAGAAGGCAUUACCCCAUCAGCAGUGUGACCUUCAGUGGUGUUGACCCAAAAGAUCAGAGGUAUGAGCUAAGUUCACACACUCUCUCCAGGUUGUUUGGGUUCGUGGCGAAGCGUGUUGGUGGCAUGUCAGAGAACAUGUGUCAUGUGUUCGCUGAGGUGGACCCUGAGCAGCCCUCCGUUGCUGUUGUCAAUUUCAUAAACAAAGUCAUGUUAGGACCCCAACUCCUGCCCGAGGGUGUGUAG